UAUCGUGUUAGCUUAUUUAAAUCCUUCCCCGCACUAGCAUCCAGCCGCAUCCUAACGUCCGUCCAUGAGGACACGUCGACUGCAGCCAUGACUGAUCGUACCCACGUGCUCGAGUUUGCUGCUGAAAAGCGCUUCCACCAGCGCCUAGUCCUCCCUGCCACCGCAGAUCAUGGCCCUCUAGCCAUCUCCUAUGCAGACAUUGGGCCCAAAGUGAAGAAAAAUGGGAAACCCACUCCGACCAUCCUGCUCAUCCAGGGCAUGGGAGGCUCCCGCCUAUGGUGCUAUCAUAAAGACCACCUAGCCAACAAACUGAGAGUGAGGAUGCUAGCUAUCGACCGCCCCGGCAUCGGCGGGUCCACCCCCAUCCCUGCAGCAAAACGAGUCACCAUCUGGCUGGAAUCAGUCGCGGCGGUGUUGGAGCACCUGUCCAUCCCGCAUGUCGUUCCUCUAUCUCAUAGUGCUGGCACCAUCUACCUCCUCAAUCUGCUCUCGCAGCGCCGGGAUCUUCUCUGGCCAAAGACGCCGCUGGCCGUCUUGAUGGGACCAUGGGUUGAGCCCAAGCACUCGGGCAUUGUAUCCUUGAAGAUGGCCCAGAUGCUCCCCACGGGCAUCCUCAACCACUAUGAUAAGCUGAUGAAUCUUAUAGUGAAAGCGUUACCAUCGGUCAACGCCAGUGCAAGCACGUUCUCUGCGGUGGUCAAUCGUCUCUCCGGCGCGCGUGCCGACACAGGCCGCGAAUCCAAGGCCUGUCUGUCAGAGUAUGGGAUGAACUUGGAGAUGGUCAAGGUGUUGGACCGCUUAACCAUGGAUUAUGUGUGCCUGGAGGAUACCAGCGGCAUGAACGACGAGGCGGUGGUCUGCCUGAAGAAGGCGCCGGGGCUGUGGGGAGCCUGCGAAGACUUGCCGGUUUAUCUCCAAGAGCUGGUGCAGGCGGAAGAACAGUACCGGCAAGAUCAUCCCGGGGAGAAAGCAUUACGGGUCAAGGUACACUUUGCCGAGUCGGAUGGAAUGAUUGGGCCCAAGGGGCAGAAAUACUUUGAGGACUGCUUUACGCAGGCCGAUCUGCGCGAGGCCAUCAUCUUCGAGUCGGUGGUCGAGAAAGGAACCGAACACGACUCGAUCUGGCUCGCCGACACCAAGGUAUUUGCCAACGUGAUCAAGAUAAUUCAGGCCACAAUCUCUCCGUAGCUCUAGGUUUGGUAAAUGUGAUCCAUAAUCCUCAAUGAUACCGUCUCAAGGGCAGUUGACUGCUGCCGAUAUCCGAGCCAUUUGUCAGCAAUGACCCCAUCCAACUUUUGG